CAGGACGUAAAAACGUGCCAGAGGGUUUCAUUUCAUACCUGGAAUAAAAUGGUUUGGAAGCACGCCGGGGAUACGGAUCGGGCAACGAAAAUAAAGUUUAGGAAGAAAAGCAGUACUCUGGACAUCCCAGAAUUACCUUUUCUUAGGAACAGAUUGGAUACUAUUUUGGGCAAAAGGCCGUCCGUAUAAAGCUAGGGAGUCUGAGUGACGUCACGGUGCUGCAAUCUAACAGACCCACAAGCCAGCUGUCUAGGAAUUGGAGGAAGAAGCUUAUCCUGGAAUGAAGCAUCCAACAGCAGAGCACAGUCCAAGCUUAGCAGCAGGCAGGGAAGGACGCCCUACCUUCAGUCGUCUUCAAAGGGCUGCUCAUGUUCAGCAUUACUGUCAUCUCUGAAUAGGAAGAAUGAUGGCUAUCGGGUCAACGUGUGCUCACAGCCUGGAGACCGAGAGUGUCUACUCCUUCUACAAACAGUGGCAGAAACAAGCCCAGUUGAGCACCCCGUGACAUAUCUGCAGGGUCAAGGAGUUAUUCCCAGUGUGUCAAAGAUGCCCCCGAAUAUGACCCUGGAUGUCUGGUGUACCUAAAGCUUGAGAUGUUCUUGGAGAAAAGGAAGAAGAAUGAUAACCGCAAAUUGGAGAGUCAUUGCGAAGAGUCUGUGAUGUCCAUUAUAUGCAGCUUACUGAAACAUGAAUCAGCGACUUGCUAGGAUGUUAGGCACGUCUGCUACACUUUAUCUAACGUAUCCACUCCUGUGAUCGAUGCCAACGUCCCCUUCUACACCACUACCAGGAGGGGACAGCACAGCUUUACCAGUUUGAAAGCAAAAUAUGGAAUGUGUUUUACUGCUGACUGAACACAACCCAACAAACUGUAUAGAGAGUAAUUGGAAAACAAGCAGUUAGCGUUUUGUUUGGACUCGAACACUGUCCAGCACUUUCCAGUGUGAACUCACUGUUUACAAGGACUCUGCUUUCCAAAGCUUAUGCCCUCAGGCUUUGCUUAUUUAAAUAGCUGUACAAAGGAAAAAUACCUAGAGCCCCUAUCAAAAUGGCUAUGGAUGAUUACUUGUGGAUGGUCAUUUUGGGCUUUCUUAUAGCCUUUAUCUUAGCGUUUUCAGUGGGGGCAAACGAUGUGGCCAAUUCCUUUGGCACCGCAGUGGGCUCCGGCGUGGUGACCCUGCGGCAGGCCUGCAUUUUGGCUUCGAUAUUUGAAACCACCGGAUCCGUUUUAUUGGGAGCAAAAGUGGGAGAGACGAUUCGAAAAGGAAUCAUUGAUGUGAACCUCUACAACGAGACCGUGGAGACGCUGAUGGCCGGGGAAGUUAGCGCCAUGGUUGGUUCUGCUGUUUGGCAACUGAUUGCCUCGUUCUUGAGGCUGCCAAUAUCUGGAACACAUUGCAUUGUGGGUUCGACAAUAGGAUUUUCACUGGUUGCAAUUGGUACAAAAGGAGUUCAGUGGAUGGAAUUAGUCAAGAUUGUUGCUUCUUGGUUUAUAUCUCCACUGUUGUCUGGUUUCAUGUCUGGCGUGCUGUUUGUGAUGAUCAGAAUUUUCAUCUUGAAAAAGGAAGAUCCUGUGCCCAAUGGUCUCCGUGCGCUGCCGGUGUUCUAUGCCGCUACUAUAGCAAUUAACGUGUUUUCCAUCAUGUACACAGGGGCUCCAGUGCUGGGUCUGGUUCUUCCUAUGUGGGCAAUAGCUCUAAUAUCCCUGGGCGUGGCUGUUUUAUUUGCUAUAUUUGUGUGGUUGGUUGUAUGCCCUUGGAUGAAGAGGAAAAUAGCAGGCAAAUUAAAGAAAGAAGCUGCCCUGUCGAGAAUAUCCCAUGAAAGCCUCGAUAAGAUUCAAGAAGAGGAGAGCCCAGUCUUCAAAGAAUUGCCAGGUGCCAAAGCAAAUGACGACAGCACAGUACCCCUCACCGGCUCAAUCGCGGAAGACUCGGGGGUUUCGGAGGGCAUAGUGAAUGGAAGCCACCCCCGGGUGCCUUAUGGCAGGGCCUUUUCCAUGACCCACGGCACUGUGAAAUCGCCGGUCUCCAACGGCGCGUUCAGUUUCGAUGGCCACGUGAGGAGCGACGGCCAGGUGUAUCACACAGUGCACAAGGACUCGGGGCUCUACAAGGACUUGCUGCACAAAAUCCACAUAGACAGGGGAAUCGACGAGAAACCCCCUCAAGAGAGCAAUUAUAAACUGCUGCGGCGCAAUAACAGCUAUACGUGCUAUACCGCCGCUAUCUGUGGGAUGCCAGUGCAUUCUACCUUCAAAGCUGCUGACACAGCAGCGGCGCCGGAGGACAGUGAGAAGUUAGUAGGUGACACGGUGUCCUACUCUAAAAAGAGACUGCGCUACGACAGCUACUCCAGCUACUGCAAUGCCGUCGCGGAAGCCGAGAUCGAAGCAGAAGAGGGAGGGGUGGAAAUGAAGCUGGCGUCCGAGUUGACCGACCCCAGCCAACCCCAGGAUCUCCCCGCGGUGGAAGAGGAGAAGGAGGAGGAAGAUACAGCUCAAGUCCACCUGCUUUUUCACUUCCUGCAAGUCCUUACGGCCUGUUUCGGGUCGUUUGCCCACGGUGGCAACGACGUGAGUAACGCAAUUGGUCCUCUGGUAGCUCUCUGGCUGAUUUAUGAACAGGGUGGUGUGCUGCAGGAAUCCCCCACUCCUGUGUGGUUGCUGUUUUAUGGAGGCGUUGGAAUCUGCACAGGUCUCUGGAUCUGGGGCAGGAGAGUUAUCCAGACUAUGGGGAAAGACCUCACUCCAAUCACACCAUCUAGUGGAUUUUGCAUUGAAGUAAUGAGUGCGCUAACCGUUCUAGUUGCCUCAAAUGUGGGCAUUCCAAUAAGCUCCACUCAUUGCAAGGUGGGCUCCGUGGUGGCGGUGGGCUGGAUCCGUUCGCGGAAGGCCGUCGACUGGCAUCUCUUCAGGAACAUCUUCGUCGCCUGGUUUGUGACCGUCCCCGUGGCUGGCUUAUUCAGCGCCGCCGUAAUGGCCCUCCUGAUGUACGGCGUCCUGCCCUACGUGUGAUUUGGCUCCCUUUCGAAGGAAAGGGAUGGCCUGACGGGUGAGUAUUGCGUGGCAUAUGUCACACGCGUGCCCGCAAAACCCACCCUCCCACACACGGAGACUGGUACCCGUCUGCUCUCUCCAAGCCACGGGCCUCCCUGUGCUCCCGAGCGCAGAUGAUUUUUUACCUCCGGCACUGUCCCAGCUCAGCCAGAGUUCUGACCUCCGCAUCUAACUUAAACUACUGUACAUAAUAAUAUGCGUGUGAAAUUGGUGAAAUGGUGACAUAACACGUGGUGCAGUUACUUAUAUAGGAAAUAUAUUCCGUAUGCAUAGGGUCCUACUUCAGACGUCAUACUCCAAUUGGGGUGCGAAGUGUUGCCUACAAUGAAAACGUUCAGUGAACCGUUGUACGUGCCCAUUUCGGUUGGCAAUUUUACAACCUGUUUGCGAGGGAAGUGUGACUGGGAAAUGCUCUUUUCCAUGCGAUACAUACUGUAAGGCCGUUGAGGUGCGGGAUGGACAGCGCAGAUUGGAAAGCAGUGGCACGUAGCUCCGUGCGACGGUGAAAUAAUACUGGAAAACAGUUCACAAGUGCUUUCUCGAGAUCGUUUGUUCAUAAGCUGUAUUAAUUGUGCGUAAUAUAUGGUAAUGGCUCUUGUAAAUACGUAAAGCCCUAACUUUAUAAGGAAAGGGGUAGCCCGUAUCCCUUCUGCAUUUUGCAAAAGGAAGUUUUAGAAGGAACCAAAGAAGCGGUUUGCCAGUAUUAUGCUUUCACACUGUAAUGUGUUUCUCCCUCCUUGUUUUUUUUCACUAAUCACUAUCAAUUGAAUUGAGGAGCGGUGGAACCGGUUACGUUUUAACGAAACUGAAGUAUUUUUUAACAGGGUGGCUGCGCCUUUCGUUCAGGGGUCGCAGCCGUGGUCUUGUCCCCGUAUAUUGUUGUAGCGGAGGGGGAUAUAGCUGCGUAUUCCCACCCGAUUUAAGCGUCAAUGCUGCUUCUUCCCCACCGUUUCCCCAUUAAGCAAAUUCCGGGCCCCCGCUUGUAACGGAGUGGUUUGUGUCACGCGAUGCAAAAACCUUAGAUCUCUUUUGCAAGGCGUUCAGAAAAGAGAUAAUUUAAAUGAAAAGACCUGUGAUGAAUGUCAGGGAAUUCCACAUUCGAGGCCUCCGUUUUUCCUCCGCCUAGCCGAUGCCGAGAUGAGUGAGACCCCGUUUCUGAAGAUAUCACUACCCGUAACUUUCUUCCACUGGAUGUUCUUACUUUCUGGUAAAGGAGAGUUUGUUUAGCUAAUGUUGGGAACUUGAUACUAUUGAAAUGCUGCUAAAAUUUUGAUACUGACAGAUAUUUUAUUGGUACUUCAUUGUGAUUUUUUUUUUCAUUAAUCAGUCAUACUAAAUUUAUAAUAAAAAAUGGCCCCUGGA